AUGGCGGAAGAAAGUGGUACCUAUAGCAGAAGCAGUUGUACCAUUGAGAGCACCGACGGUGUAAUAUUGGACGGUCGUAUUUACCGGCCAACUUCAGAGGAAAAUUCCAGUUUUGUUGCAGUAUUAGUGCAUCCUUAUUCUGUGCUUGGUGGAUGUCAAGGAUUGAUGAGAGGCAUUGCUAAGGGAUUGUCAAGUCGAGGUGUGAUUGCUGUCACUUUUGACACUAGAGGUGCUGGGAAAUCCAGUGGUCGUGCUUCCCUCACUGGAUCUGCUGAAAUUAACGAUGUUAUCUCUGUUUGCAAAUGGGUUCACACCAAUUUCACUACAAACACAAUUAUCCUUAUUGGUUCAUCUGCAGGAGCAGCGAUAGCGGGAUCUGCAGUUGAUGAAGUAGAGCAAGUGGUUGGGUAUGUGAGCUUAGGAUACCCUUUUGGUUUCACUGCUUCGAUUCUUUUUGGAAGGCAUCAAAAAUCUAUAUUACAAUCCCCUAAGCCAAAACUGUUUGUCAUGGGUACUAAUGAUGGGUUUACUAGCGUUAAACAAUUGGAGAACAAGUUGAAGGAUGCUGCUGGACAUAACACAACUCAUCUUAUUCAAGGAGCUACCCAUUUUCAGAUGGAAGGUCCUGCUUUUGAUGCAGACAUGGUCAACCUCAUUCUUCAAUUCAUUACCACAUUAUGAUCUUA